UGGGGUCCACAGAUUAUGGACCACAUUCUGAUUAGCAGUGGCAAACCAUUCUAGAUCUCAAAAGUCUCAUUAUCUAAGAAACCAAAUAUAAACUUAUUGUCCUCUAAAGACUCUAUCAGUUAGCUAGAUCUUGACUGAUUCUAACAGGCAAGCCCUUAUGUUCUCUCCCACAUAAGCUACUUGUUUUUAACCCAUUGCUUUUUUGCCUCUGUUUACCCAAAGCAUCCUGAAUACAUUUCAUAGAUGUUAUAUCACAAUGGAAAUAGUUAUUUUCCUUAGAAAGCUUUCCUAGGACAAAUUUACCUAAGUGUUACCUCUUCAGCAUUUGUAUUUUCUGACACAUACUAGUACAGAUUUAUAGUAUUUGUAUUGUUUUCUUUAUUAGAGAAUAAAUUGCUUCAGAGUACAGUCUAAUUUUUAUCACAAAUAUAAAAAUGUCUAGAAUAUAGCCACAUAGAUACCAAAACAGUAACGAGUAUAUGUAAGUAAUUAUCUGCCUAAGAAUAUAUGUGCAUGGGGAGAGAAAUUAUUGGUGUUUAUAUAAAUACUGACUUCUACUAUGGGAAUAUGCAUUCACCCUUUUUCUCCCAUGCCCUGCUUUCUCUGAUUUUCUUACUAGGCUUAUUUCCAUUAACUCUGGACCCUAAAACCGCGCACCCAAAUUUGGUGCUGUCCAAAACCCGAACCAGUGUGUGGCAUGGUGACAUUAAGCAGGUAAUGCCCGAUGAUGCAGAGAGGUUUGACUCAAGUGUGGCUGUGCUGGGCUCAAAAGGCUUCACAUCUGGAAAAUGGUACUGGGAAGUAGAAGUAGCAAAGAAGACAAAGUGGACAGUUGGCGUUGUCAGAGAAUCCAUCAUUCGGAAAGGCAGCUGUCCUCUAACUCCUGAGCAAGGAUUCUGGCUUUUAAGAUUAAGGAAACAAAAUGAUCUAAAGGCUCUGGAUUUGCCUUCUUGCAGUCUGAAUCUGACUAACGACAUUGACAAGGUGGGCAUAUACUUAGAUUAUGAAGGAGGGCAGGUGUCCUUCUACAAUGCUAAAACCAUGACCCACAUUUACACCUUCAGUAGUACUUUCACGGAGAAACUUUAUUCCUACUUCUGCCCUUGCCUUAAUGAUGGUGGGGAGAAUAAAGAACCACUGCAUAUUGUGCAGCCACAGUAAUUAGUCAUACUAUUGUAUAAAUUCAGAGCAUUAUUAAAGAAGUAUUGAAAUAGUUUA